CCUGCAGCUGGUAUGGUGGGGAGGACAUAGGUGGGGGAAUCUUAGGUAGUUGUCCUGUCCACAAGCACAUCUCUUGCUUAUUGUAAAGAUCAUGUUUAAACUCUUAAUCUUGCUGGUUGUGACACAACUUGGUUUUGGACAACAAAUAGCCAAACAAAAAUGUGAAGAAUACAAAGCCCUGGCCAGAGCUCACCAAGAUUCUUUGCAAUGCAAGGUCUUCAGUGAUGACAAGACUGGAGUCAUGAUACAGGCUCAUGAAUUUCCUGCAACGGGGAUGUUGGGGUUUGUGGCCCCCUCUGGUGAGGUGGUGUAUCUGUGCGAUGCCACACUCAUCAGUGACGACACUCUGCUUGCAGCUGGCCACUGUCUGAAGCAGAAGAACUUUGGCAGACCAAAAUGGGCUCGUUUGGGAGCGACACAUGAAACUCUUGGCGUUGAGGUACAAGUGAAAUCAGCUGAAUGCCACGCCCAAUAUUACCCAGGCCAUGAUAUAGCUAUUAUAAAGCUCCAAGAAAAGCUCAAUUCGUCCUUUAUCCCAGCUUGCUUGGACACAGAAGGGGUUCUGGAAGGAACACGCGGAGUUGGUGUGGGACGACCCAUUGGUAGCGCUUAUAUUUCCUUACGAGAGAAAUGUCCGAUCAAGUCUCAUCUGGAAGUAAAACCAGGCAACGAGUGUGUGGAAACAUUUCCCCACCAGAACAUCAGCACAGUGGCCACCCUCUGCACUAAAGAUCCUGCUAGUGGCCCAGGAGAUUGCCUGAGUGGACCUCUGUACGUUUCAAGAGGACCUUGUGGUGCACACUAUCGCUGGCUUGGCAUCGUUUGGCAGACCUUGUUACAAUGA